CUCGUUUCCGUGGUUACCCGGAUGUAGGCGGUGUGAGAAGUACGUCAUUGUUCGAGCACUUCCCCCGGCGGAGAGAGGAGGCCAUGGAGGCGGCCGGGGACGUUCGGCGAAUUUAAUUCCGUUACAGCAACCGAGUGUCGAACCAUGACCAUAAUCGAUAAAGUGUCUUCAGUGACUGCAGCAUGCCGGAACCAGCUUUACAAGCCAAUGGCACCGUCAACUGGAGACAAAGACACAGGUUCGCCAAUUUGGAGCAUGGUAUCCUCUCCAGCUAAAACCUCUCUUGGACCAGUACCUGGUGCUGCCGUCUAUUCCAGCUCCUAUGUUCCUGAAAAGACUGUGGCUUCAGAGCAGAAUGAUCCACCACUGGCCGUUCCUGGAGAUGGCAUCAAUCCACCACAAAAGAUCCUUUUCCCGGCCGAAAAACUGAGACUGAAAUGGCAACGUAUACAAAAGGUUGGCGCUGGUCUCCAAAACCUUGGCAAUACUUGCUUUGUGAACUCUGUUCUGCAGUGUUUAACAUACACAGCACCUCUUGCGAACUACAUGCUCACUCGCGAGCACUCCAAGACCUGUCGUGAACAAGACUUCUGUAUGAUGUGUGUGAUGCAAGCUCACGUGACUCAGGCCCUUUGUAACUCCGGAGGAGUCAUCAAGCCUACCAGUGUUAUCAAUGAUCUUAGACGUAUUGCAAAGCACUUUCGUUACGGAAGCCAGGAGGAUGCUCAUGAGUUUCUUAGAUAUACGGUAGAGGAAAUGCAGAAAUCCUGUCUUAAAGGUUGCUCUAAUGUGGACAGGCACACACAAACAACAACUUUUGUACAUCAGAUAUUUGGUGGUUGUCUACGUUCUCGAGUGAAAUGUCUAAAUUGUAAAUCCGUUUCUGACACCUACGAUGAAUAUCUCGAUAUCCCUCUGGAGAUAAAGACUUCCCAUAGUGUAACUAAAGCCUUGGAACAGUUUGUGAAAGCAGAACAGCUUGAUGGGGAUAACGCAUAUAAUUGCAGCAAGUGUAAACAAUUGGUUACCGCAACAAAAAGAUUCACAGUACAUCGAAUAUCCAAUGUGCUGACUUUGUCCUUGAAGAGGUUUGCAAGCUUCAGUGGUGGGAAGCUUUCAAAGGAAAUAAAGUACCCAGAAUACCUUAACAUCCGUCCAUUCACAUCCAACCCCCAUGGAGAACCAAUCAUGUACUCUUUAUAUGCUGUUCUUGUGCAUACAGGCCUAAGUUGUCACACCGGGCACUACUUCUGCUAUGUAAAGGCCAGUAAUGACCAAUGGUACUUGAUGAACGACUCAAUCGUGUCCAGUGCAGAUAUUCGGACUGUGCUCAACCAGCAGGCAUACCUUCUGUUUUAUAUCCGAUCGCAGAAUGUACAGUGCGGAGACUCGCCUUACUCCCAUCAGUCUGCCAGCCCCAACUCUCCUCAGCCCAGCAGCAGCCAUCAAGUUGGAGGCACAAAGUCCGAUUUCAUAGGACCCCAGCAGAUCAUCAAAAACGCAAAGAACAUGAAUGGUAAUAGAUCACCAAAAACAUCUCUAAAUGGUAACGGAAUAAAUGGCAACAUUCUUAAAAGAUGUAUCGGCCCUUUGCCCAUGAACAGACAAAUGACUGUGAACGGCAAAAAACAAAAAAUCGUAGUGAACAUUAAUAAACCCCUUCCUGCCCAAGAAAUCUCCUCUGAAGCUAAACAGAACGGCCCAUCCCAGUCUACCUCUGCACCCCCAUCCACCAGUGAUCUCCCAUAUAAGUUGAAACGUGGGCCUCUGGCCAGUGCCAGUCCAGCAGUAUCUUCCACCGUGCUGGUUCCUUAUGGGGCAGAAUCUGAGGAGGAAUCUGAAGAGGAGAGUAAAGGUGUACGGAAAGGAAGAUUUAGUGCUGACUUGGUGAACACAUCUGUCAUCACUAAUGGACAUGCUACCAUUGACUUGAAUAAUAACUCUGUUCGGACAGAAGAAGAACCGGCGUCUAAAUCUAAUCAAACUGACCAAGAAGUGCAUGAGUCCACCGACGCUGCCAGUCCCGGUAAACACAACGGCUCUGUGGAAGUUGACCUCCAAACUGUGACCAAGGAAGAAACAGCAGCAGCCAUAUCUCAUCAUCCGGGGAAUGAAAGAACAGAAGUAGAAGAACUUUUGCAGAAUACAGAAAACCUAAACCAGGCCGUUGAUCCAGGAGGUCUUCCAGAACACAACGCAGGUGACUAUGAGGAGCAUCAGAAUGGAUCGUCACCAUCUUCUGUACCUGUGGAGCACCAAAGGGAAGCUAGCACUACACCUCAAGAUGUGAAGAGUGGAAAUGAUUAUACAUGCCACAAUGGACAUAGUGACAGGAAACAUGUCCGCAGCGAGAGGUCUCGAUCUGUGCACGAGAGAGACUCCCGGAAGAGAGAACUGUAUUCGCGGAGCAGAGACAGCUGCAAGUAUGAUCGCCAUAAAUACCAUCACAGUGAUGAAUACAGACACAGGAAUAAUUUCUCUCGAGGAAGUGAAAGUCACAGGAGCCAUGGGAGACAUCGGUCAAGGAGCAAGGGGAGAAUGGACGAUCCGUAUCGUUAUCUGUCCAGACGGGAUCGUUCACACAGCCGCGAGAGGAACCAUUACAGCAGACAUCAGCGAUGGGAUCAUUUUCAUUCCUCUUAUAGAGAUGAUCGGGACAGAGUCUCAUACGACAACCGAGACUAUCACUACAGGGAUUCCAAGUACCAUAGGAAUGACUGGUACCAUAACUCUAGAGACAAGCGUGAUCAUGGCUACAGCAGCAAGCACUCUCACUACUCUUCUUUCUCAAGGCACUCUGACUCUCAUCAUCACCAUGGAAAGUUUAGCCACCAACAUUAUGAAAACAGUAAGAAACGAAAACCAGAGUACAGUAGCAGCACGGGGGAGGAUUAUUACGAGCCUGACUGCAAGAAAAGAGGGAACUCUAUGGAAAAACAAAUGUUCCGAAUGGAAGAAAGGAAAGUAACUGUAAAGACGUAGCAUCUCCUGCAUGGAAUCGACUCCACUGAAACACCUUGAAAUGCUGCAUUUAAACUACCGCAGACAUCCUCCUUUUUUUUUAUUUCACAUUUUUGACUACCAGGGUUUUUCUUAGUUUUUGUUUUUAUGGAAUUUUCUGCCAAUUGUUUUGUUUUGGACAAGUUCUCCAAAUCUUUCACUUCUAAUCAGAGUUACAUAACCAUAUCUGGAAGACCAUAGUGUGCUUAUAGUUAUUUUUGGGAACUGUAUAAACAUGUCCGGCAUCCCAUCCUAUAACGUGACUAAAACAGGUAGCCUCCACUUAUACAGCUGCUUAGAGGGAGUGUGGGGUCUGUGUUAGACUGCACGCCCGCGCUGUAUUCACUUCACACCGCUGAGCAGCCUGACAGCAUAUCUAAUGUACAAUUGCUCCUUUACUGUCUACUGUAAGAACUCUGCUCUGCAGUAGGCUGCAAUGCGAUAUGCUGUAGGCUGAGCAGCCUGACAGGAAUGGGGGGGAGGAAUUCAAUCCUGUUCUCUGUUCCUGUUAGGCAGCUCAGCCAUGAGAGCAAAUGACACACAAUCUGUUGUAGAAUAUUUUUUUUUGCUCAACUUUAGAUAGUAAUAGGUCAAUUGUACAAGAACAUCCGGACAGGAUGUAUCCCAUCUGUAUUAGGACAUUCUGAUGGUAUUCAUGCUGUGUACAGCUGGUUAUGAGCCAUGCACAUCUUCCUUAUUUUAAUUUGAAUUGCCCUUUUUAUUAUUGGCAUUAGUUUAGAUGCAGCAUUCGAUAUUGGAGUCCAUGCUUUUUGUCUUCUGUCCAUGCGCUACCAGACUCUCCUGGCCGAAUCGAUAAAGACCAGUUCACUCGCCCGUUCUACCUGUUGUGUAAAAACCGAACAGAGUUGGUGCUGUUUGACAAUACUGUACAGAACUUUACCACACAAGUAUUUUUCAAUUGUUUUUAAUUUUUGUUUUGUUUUGUUUUUAUACACGUUUCAUCCUACUGAACUUUUCAACUGCUGAUCAUUAUGCGGCGUCUGAUCUCAAGCGGAAACGGGAAAUGCCCUGGAACAUGUGCUCUCAAAUGCUGCUUUUCUUAAAGACUCAGGAUUAUGUGUGUUUCUCAGCAUGUUUAUUUCCCACAUGUGACACCGAGACCGAAGCUUGAGGAAUUGAGGAGUCUUUCAUGUAAAUAUAUGAUUAAAAGAAAAAGAAAAUCUACAGCAAACGACCUUGCAUUUUGUCUCACUUGAGAUGCUCUUGUAUGUAUGAUAAUCACGUACUGUAUUUUAGAUACUAAUUGUAUAAAUCAUCCUCCAUGUUUA